AUGAUGCGUGUCCGUGUUAAAUUACCAGGAUUUUGUAUGAAUCGAACUGCAGUUCAUGUUCGAGCGCGUAAUUCGCCUUCUCAGCUGUACAAGAAGGCGAUUGGUUUGAUCAAAUCCGAUGACAACAAGUCUGAAUUUUCAAGCAAAAACAGCAUUGAGAUGAAUUACAACAUCGAUGAAUCGAAGACAGAUUCUGAAAAUGGGAUUAAUAAUAGAGUCAUGGUUAUGGUUGACACUAGUCUUGAAGCCAAAAGUGCUCUGCAAUGGGCACUUACACAUACUGUUCAAAGCCAUGAUACCAUUAUUCUUCUCUCCGUAAUCAAGCCCACUCAACGAGGUGAAAAUGAGAACAGUGAAACUAAUCAGAGAGCCUAUGAACUUCUUUACUCCAUGAAAACUAUGUGCCAAACAAAGAGACCAGAGGUGCAAGUGGAGAUUGCAGUGGAAGAAGGGAAAGAAAAAGGCCCUGCAAUUGUAGAAGCAGCCAAGCAGAGAAAAGUAUCAUUACUGGUAUUGGGACAAAGAAAAAGAUCAAUAAUGUGGCGUUUACGCAGGAUAUGGUCAGGGAAAAAGUCGAAAAACAGAGUUGUGGAACACUGUAUUCAAAAUGCAAAAUGCUUGACAAUUGCAGUAAGAAGGAAGAGCAGGAAGUAUGGAGGAUAUCUCAUUACUACUAAACGUCACAAGGAUUUUUGGCUCUUAGCUUAAUCAUAUUGUUUUUAUCAUUCACUGUUCAGAUUUAUA